UUGUCAGCCGAUCUUACCUGUCAUGUUUGUUUCGGGAGAGUGUCUACUGGGUUUGCGCAGAUUACGAGCUGUCACGAGAAUCAUCCCAUCAGCACUUCCGUGUUCACAGACGCUUCUGAAGGCAGAAGACUGCACGCGUCUCAUCAUGAUCGCCAAAUUAAACUUCUGCUGUUUUAUUCUUUCUUUGAUGUUUAUGUGCUUGGAUGCGCAAUAUGUACCACCGUACACAGAAGAGUGCAGAAGUGGCAUGUAUCCUCCAAACGGCCCAACAUUUAAAGGUGAUGUGUCCUGGUACACUGUUGAUCUGGACCUACCACCAAGCAAAAGAUGGACAGAUGUUAUUACAGACAAAAAGAAUGCUAUGUCGAGCAUGAUUCAGGCUAUCAGAGAUCUAGCAGAUGCCUUUGUUCCCAGUGGGAAGCUCAUCGAACUUGUAGACAAAGAUUUGCCCUUGAUGGUGGACACCCUGCCUUAUCCGUUCAAUGAGGAGAUCAAAGGAAUAGCAUCAGUGUCUGGAGUUCCUUUGGGUGAGGUGUUGCUCUUCAACAUAUUUUAUGAGGUGUUCACCGUAUGCACUUCUCUGGUUGCACAGGAUGUCAAUGGCAAUCUCAUCCAUGCAAGGAACUUGGACUUUGGACUUUUCAUGGGAUGGGAUUUGAAGAACAGGUCAUGGAUCAUCACAGAGAAGCUGAAGCCACUUGUUGUCAACAUCGACUUCAGACGGAACAAUCAGACUGUCUUUAAAUCCACCAAUUUUGCAGGAUACGUGGGAAUGCUGACUGGCAUUCAUCAGCGCUCUUUCACACUCACUAUGAAUGAACGAUUCAGUCUGGAUGGAGGGUACAUCGGGAUUCUGGAGUGGAUCUUGGGGAAGAGAGACGGCAUGUGGAUGAGUUUUCUGACUCGAUCUGUGCUGGAGAAUGCAACUAGCUAUGAAAGUGCCAAGGCUCUGUUGUCUGACACUAAGCUGCUGGCUCCAGCCUACUUCAUCCUCGGAGGAAACCAGGCAGGUCAAGCCUGCAUUAUCACCAGAUCCAGAACACAUAACAUCAAUCCACUGGAGCUUGAUGUGAAGAAUGGCAGGUGGUAUGUGCUGGAGACUAACUAUGACCACUGGAAAGAGCCCCUGUUUUUGGAUGACAGGAGAACUCCUGCUAUGAAAUGCAUGAAUCAGACCACACAGAAUGAUAUCUCCAUAAAGACAGUCUAUGAUGUCCUGUCCACCAAGCCAGUCUUAAAUAAAUUGACCACAUACACUACUCUUAUGGAGGUGUCUAAGGGAUCAUUAGAGUCUUAUAUCCGUGACUGUCCUAACCCCUGCAUGCCGUGGUGACGGAUGACAUCUGGGAAAGCUGCAUUACUGGGAUGUUCUUAUGUUAGUGCGUAAUAAAAAUUUUAGCAUCAUUAAAAUCAGCAGUCAAACAUUUUAAAAGGUUUGCAACAUCUGCUUUUGAAAUCAUGUGGGUAUCAUCUGGUUUAAUCAAACUUAACAGUUGUCUAAAGAUGUGUGUAAUAAUGGGGGGGGGGGGGGUUCAAUCAAAUGUUUUUGUGGAUGUGACAUUUGUGUAUUUUUUUUGUAACUACGUAUUAGCAUAUAUGGAAAUGUGCACUAUGGAUAAUUAACACUACUGGUGCCUUGUAACUUUAACCUCAUCAGUGCCAACCAAAAUUGAAUGUACAAAAUUAAGCUGUACACACAUUUACACAACUAAUAUCAAUAAAUCAUGGAAAUUCA